AUGUCGUCCAUCGUGACUAUCAAAGAUGGUUGGAACAUGACUAUUGUCAACAACGGCUCCUUUAGUGACAAUUCUCGCAACUUCUGUUCCAUUAAUGUCGCUGGUUCCUCCAGUCAUGGCUGCAACCUCACUAUCACCAGCAACGCCGGCAGGUCGGGCAGCUUCACAACUAUCGUUCAGACAAGCGGCGGCUGGAUCUGCGACAGCAGACGCAAUAACCCGGUCCAGCUCCCGAGACUGGAGAACGGAGGCCAGGGAGCCGAGCAAACAAAGUCCUUCCUUACUACCUACCACAAUGUGCCUCAGCACCGCCUCAAGGCUUUCGAAGCUACCGCUGCGAACAUCCCCUAUUUUUGGUCAGUCGAACACGGUGUGUACACCCUGGUCGGAAAAACUUGCAAUGUGCGGGUCAAUUGGUUCGUUCCCGAAAAGUACUUCACGGUCGUCAUGGGCCGUGCUUUUGGCCUGAUGGGAUUUGAGGUGUUCGACCCUCCUGCGAACGCGCGUGCGGGACUUUUCGACGAGAUCGAGUGUGUGCGCAAACAGAUGAGGAAGGGUGUCGUCUACCCUAUCGAUGACGAGAACAUUUGA